AUGCUCCUUCUCGUCCUGCUCUUGCUGGUGGUCGCCGCCUGCUUGGCGGUCCGCUCCUGGCCCGUCGUGUCCGAGUUCAGGCGCGUCUGCCGUAUGAUAGCAGAGCUGCCGGGGCCGCCCAGGCUCCCCAUCAUCGGAAAUGCGCUCGAAAUACUCGGCAGCCCCGACGAGAUCUACAACCGCGUCCACACGAUGGUCUCCACCUACAGCAGCUACGGGCCAGUGUGCCGCUUCGCGGUGGGACACAUCAAUAUCGUCUUCGUUCUGCAACCCGCCGACAUCGAGGCAGUCAUGACAAGCCCCAAGGCGCUGAAUAAGCCGCAGGUGUACCGGCCGCUAGAGCCGAUCUUAGGGAGCGGACUGGUUACCCUAGGCGGGAAGGUUUGGCGCCGCCACCGCAAAGCGAUCUCGCCCAGCCUGCACCUCGACAUCCUGCGCGACUUCGUGCCAACCUUCCACAAGCGGGGGGUGGCCCUCGCCGACCAGCUAGCCGGGUACGCUGACAAAGGGGAGGUAUUGGACGUGACGCCGGUCUGUGCGUCCUGCACCAACAACACAGUCUGCGAGACCUUCAUGUCCUCGGACCUGGAUGAUGACGACCCACAGAAGUUGGAAUUCGUAAGCUCAACCACAAAGGGUUUCGAAAACUUCUUCUAUCGAGUUAGGCGUCCAUGGUUCCUGAGCGAGUGGAUUUACUCGCUGCAUCGCACCCGGUACCUGGAGUACACCAAGUUAAGGAAAAUCUUUGACGGGUUUGUACAGCGGAUGAUACGCCAAAAGAGGGAAGGCCUUAAUAACAACAGCCCUCACAUGAAUCCACCGCGGAAGCGGAAAGCGUUUCUGGACCACGUGCUGUUUUCUAAAGAAGGCGUAGCGCUGAACGAAGAGGAGCUCAACGAGGAGGUUAAGACCAUUGUCUAUGCGGCCUCGGACACCUCGAUGGAAGCUUUGUCCUUCUUUAUUUAUACGCUUGCCAUCAGACAGGAUAUCCAGCACAAAGUUAGACAAGUUGCCUUUGAUGAAGCUGAUUUCAGCUUUGGAUUUGCAGCAAUUUUCGACGUGAAAUCAAAGGUUACACUGGUCAACUAA